AUCUCGCGAUAUUUGCGCACUAACUCGACCAACACAGGAAGUGAGACAUGGCAUCAGUGUUCGGCGGAGUAGAAGGUGGAGGGACUCACUCCAAAGUGGUGCUGGUGUCAUCAGAUGGAAAGAUCCUGGCAGAAACAGAGGGACCAUCCACCAACCACUGGUUGGUUGGGGUGGACAAAUGUAUUGAAACCAUAAACAACAUGGUCCAGAGAGCCAAGAUGGAGGCAGGGCUGGAUCCAAACACUCCGCUAUGCUUAUUGGGCAUGUCUUUGAGUGGAGGGGAGCAGAAAUCCGCCAUCGACAAACUGAUCUCUGAAAUGAAGCAGCGGUUCCCCGCUCUCAGCCAGCACUACUUCCUCACCACGGAUGCCAUCGGUGCCAUGGCGACUGCCAGCGAUCACGGAGGUGUGGUGUUGAUAUCAGGGACUGGCUCUAACUGUAAGCUGGUUCACCCUGACGGCUCUCAUGUCGGCUGCGGAGGCUGGGGUCACCUGAUGGGAGAUGAAGGAGGAGCAUUCUGGAUCGCUCACUUGGCGGUGAAGACGGUCUUUGAUGCCGAAGACAACCUGGUGGCUCCUCCUCAUGACGUCACACAUGUCAGAAAGGCCAUGAAGGAUUACUUCCAGGUGUCAGAUCUGAUGGGCAUGCUGCCGCACCUCUACAGAAACUUCCAGAAGUCCCACUUUGCAGGUUUUUGCAAGAAGCUCGCUGAAGGAGCAGAAGCAGGGGACGCUCUCUGUCAGCAUGUGUUCACUCAGGCUGGGAGAGUCCUCGCAAAACAUGUAGAAGCAGUCCUACCUGCAGCAAAAGAGCCAUUAUUGAGUAGUGACCUUGGCCUGCCCAUCUUGUGUGUUGGCUCAGUGUGGAAGAGCUGGGAGCUCUUGAAGCCAGGGUUCACCGAGGUCUUAGAUAAAGUUGCAUCAUCUGACAAGUUCAAGGGCCGUUUCCAUGGCUACAGCCUCAUGUUCCUGCAGCAGUCCUCUGCACUCGGCGGAGCGAGUCUGGGGGCUCGGAGUAUCGGCGCAACUUUAACUUUGGACUACAAAGCUAACACUAAAGUCUUCUACCAACACACUUUCAACAGCAGCCAAUGAGAGUGCAGCUGCACAUGUUGGAACUGUUAACCAAUCAGAGUUCAGCUCAAGAGAGAUGCAUUAUUAGCAUCAUGCUAAACUGAUGAUGAUAAUAAUGAUUCUGUAAUAAUGAUAUUGCCUUUGAUCUUUUACAAGAUACAAAAAAGAUUGAUGAAAUUAUUCAAAAUCUUUGCUUUUACUGCUGCAUAGAACCUAUUUGGACCAUUUAAUUGAUAUUCCUUUUUUGUUUUGUUUUAUUGAAAUUGUAAAUCUUUGCACCUUUACAACAGUUGUUUACAUUUGACAUUUCUAAUAAAAAAAACUCAUUCAGAUUUGCAA